UUCUCCCCGCCCGGCCUGUCGCAGCAGGCUCGAGGCGAUGGCGGCGGGGCCGGCCGCCGCCGGGGCCCUGGAGGCCCACCUGCUGGCCCUCGCCGGGGUCCUGGACCUGCAGGCGAGCCUGGUGCGCGGCGCCCUUGGCCUGCACCAGGAUCCUUCGAGCUCGGGCCAGGGCUCCGCCGAGGCGGUGUUGAGCCAGUUUGAGGUCGCGGUCGCCCGCGUUCGGUCCGACCUGGUCGCGGUGACCGCCGCUGCCAGAGGCCCUGAGAGGCCUCUGGAGGAGUGCGAUGUCGAGGACACGAGCCCCCCCGAGGUCACGUCAAAGACUGGCCAGGACAAGCUGGGCAAUGCCGACUCAGACUCCGCCGCAGAGGUUGCGUUGGACGCCGACCCUCCCGAGGACCUCACCGCGAGAAGAACUGCCGUGAGUUAUGCAGACCAGAAGGAGAGCGGCCUAAGCCAGAAUGCGACGGGCAAGUUCCUGAGCGCGCGGUCAUUGAGCUCCAUGGGAGAUAGCAGCCGCGCAAACACCCAGUACUUGAUGCAGGUAGAGUCCGUGUCGAGGGGCCAGACACAGCUCUCCCCCUGCAUCGACGGCGCGCUGAAUCCAGAUUGGGCUCCGAGGCUGGUGUGGGACAUGGUGAUAAUUGCCCUUGUCCUGUGCGACAGCGUGGUGAUCCCGUUCCAGUUGGCCGAGUUUCGCACGCAGCUGGGGUUCAAUGAAGUUUGGCUCUGGCUGACGUUCAGCUUUUUCCUGUGUGACCUGGUGAUGAACUUCUUCACGGGCUACCGCUCGGGCAAGAAAGGCGAGCAGUUGCAAGAGGGCACCCUCGUCACCAACAGGUGCAGAAUUGCAACCAACUACAUCCGUGGAUGGUUCUGGAUUGACUUUAUGAGCACUGUGCCGUGGCACGUCAUCGCCGACGCUUUCAGCUCGGAAACCACGGCAGACACGACGUCGGCGGACCAGUUGACAAAGCUCGCAAAGGUCAUCAAGUUGACGAGACUUCUGAGGCUGAUGAGAAUGCUGCGCCUCUACAAGGUCUCGGUCAUUUGGGAGCGCCUCGAGAGCCGGAUCGGGUCCAUCACGGCCUUGAAUGUGGUGAGUCUGAUCAAGGUCCUUGGCAUUUGGGCUGCGAUCUGUCACUGGGGCGCGUGCUGUUGGUGGAUGGUUGGCAAGAGAAACAGCUUGGCGAUGAUCUUGACGUUUCAGGAUGACGAUCCGAAUGAGCUCCAUUGGACUGAGGUGCCGCGCAUGCACAGCCCGCACCAAGACUACGAGUUCUGGACGUGGGUAGAAAAGCCUGCGUCGGAGCAGUACGUGUUUUGUUUCUACUGGAUACUUGGAGUGAUGCGUACCAUGCCAGCCGAGGUCACGCCUGUCAACUUGAUAGAGAGGGUGUUCGUCCUUCUUUUCAUGUUUUUCGCCGUCAUGGCUUUCGCCGUCAACGUCGCCCGCCUCACGCAGGCUUGGUUCAAGUUCAGCGCGCGCAAAGACGCGUUCAAGGAGGAGAUGGCGUUCGUCCGCAUGCACUUGAGAACAAACAAAUGUACGACUUCGCUGCAAAUGCGCGCGCAGGGAUACCUGCAGUACCUCUUCGAGAAGAGGAAGGUCCAUGCCAAGGAGACGGGCUUGCUGAGCGCCCUACCCGACGGGCUGAAGCUGCAGAUGAGGCAGGCCUACAGGAUCCCCUAUCUCAGAUUGAUUCCGGGACUCGAGAACUGGACUGAAAAAGUUCUGCGACAGUUCUGUGACGCCACCGAGACCGUGGACUAUCUGACCGGCGACAAGAUUACUGAGAGGUGCAACGACGCCGAAGCCGCCUACGUGCUCAUGAUCGGUAGCAUGCAGGUAUUCCACGAGACCCCAUCGAUGACCCGACUCUCCACCAACGAUGCCAACAAUGUGACGUCGGUGCUCAGGGCGAGUUGGUCGUCUAUCGAAAGCGGCCCCCCCCUUACGGUGGUGGACGAGCAUUGCCUUUUCGAGAAGGAAGCGAAGGCGGUGUGCAAGAACACUGUGGUGGCAAUGGAGUGUUCUGAGGUGCUGCGCAUAGACCGUCUGAAAUUUCAGGCAGUGAUGCAGAUGCGCGGCAGCAGUGAGUACGAGGACUGCUUGGCAAACAGAGAAAAUGUCCGGCAGAGGGCAGCCGGAACCCCCACCUACGGCAACCAGCGGCGCUCGCGGGCCUCGGUGGCAUGGCACCACAUCAUAGCUCGCCUGGGCAUCCCAGGUGGUACCUCAGGGUAGGUCGCUUUACCAGGCAACUAGAUUCAGCCACGCGCAGAGGGGAGCACCCCUGCUUCUUAGAAGGCGCGGGCCUUAUCUAUAGAUGUAAGGCCGGCGCCCUCUAAGAAGCAGCCUGCUUCUAAGAAGCCCUCCCCCCUCCCCCCACCCCCUUGUGCGCGCCGCCAAGCUUUACCAGGCAACCAGAUGAGGGCGGUGACAAGGCACGAAAGUUUGCUGGGUGCACGCGCGUCGGCGCCGUGCUCGGGUGUCAGAUCGGCGUCUGCUGUCCGCACAGAGGCAGCGGACGAAGGUGCACGUUGUACAAAGGGUUGUGGCAACACCUGACUCGAUUCACGCGAAACGUACUGACCUCUACGAAAAAACACUCGUCGGCGUGAGUCCAGCAGAGCUUCUCAUCCGCCUCCUCCGCUAAAUAAUGUUCGCCGCACGUGGACGUCAAAUGGACAUGGCCCUCUGGCCAAAGAACAACAUUGCCCAGGGCGUGAUUUCUGUGGAUGCUGGUUAGCUCCCACUCUGCUAAAGUUUUCGGCAGGGAGAGUGCAAGGGGAAGGAGUGCAAGGGGA